GACCGCUCUUCAGAAAGGGGGGCACGAUUCUCAAAGUCCAAAUGGCACUCGUUCGUAGCACCGCUCCACCGCUCUUCUCCACCUCCGCCGCCUUCUUCUUCUUCCUCUCCUCCAAUCCAGCUCGAAGAAUCCGACUCUCUAGGGUUUCUCUUCUCUUCUCCUUCCCUCGACGCCCCAUCCACGCCCAUAGAAUCCUCGCCAUGGCUGAAACCAGCUCCCCGACGCAUCGCCACACCAACCGUCUCGCCUCCGAGCACAGCCCCUAUCUCCUCCAGCACGCUCACAACCCGGUUGAUUGGUAUCCAUGGGGAGAAGAGGCUUUUGAAAAGGCUCGCCGAGGAAAUAUUCCCAUUUUUUUAUCAAUUGGAUACAGCACAUGCCACUGGUGUCAUGUUAUGGAGGUUGAAUCAUUUGAGAAUGAAGAGGUUGCGAGAAUGUUAAAUGACUGGUUUGUUAGUAUCAAGGUUGAUCGUGAGGAGCGACCUGAUGUUGACAAGGUAUAUAUGACAUAUGUCCAAGCACUGUAUGGUGGUGGUGGCUGGCCUCUGAGUGUUUUCCUUUCUCCUAGUCUUAAGCCCUUAAUGGGGGGAACAUACUUCCCCCCUGAUGAUAAGUAUGGGCGGCCAGGUUUCAAAACAGUCCUCAGAAAAGUGAAGGAAGCUUGGGAAAAUAAAAGUGAGAUGCUUGAGAAGGGGGCAACACUUGCUAUUGAGCAACUUUCAGAAGCAUUAUCUACAACUGCCAACUCUCGUAAAUUAUCGGAUGAUCUAUCUGAAAAUUCAACCGAACGUUGUGCUGAACAGCUAGCAAGUGGCUAUGAUCCCAAGUUUGGUGGUUUUGGUUCUGCUCCAAAGUUCCCUAGGCCCGUUGAAGCAAACCUCAUGCUCUAUGAAUCAAAGAAACUGAUGGAAAAUGGGAAGGUAGCUGAAGCUAAUACAUACCUAAAGAUGGUUUGUCAUAGCUUGCAAUGCAUGGCUAGGGGUGGGGUCCAUGAUCAUAUUGGAGGUGGCUUUCAUAGAUAUAGUGUAGAUGAGUGUUGGCAUGUUCCUCAUUUUGAAAAGAUGUUGUAUGAUCAGGGACAACUUGCCAAUGUUUACUUGGAUACUUUUUUAAUCACACAAGACAAUUUUUAUGCUUCUGUGGCUCGGGAUAUUCUUGAUUAUCUGAGAAGAGAUAUGGUCGGGAAGGAAGGUGAAAUUUAUUCUGCUGAAGAUGCUGAUAGUGCAGAGUAUGAGGGUGCUUCAAGAAAGAAAGAAGGUGCAUUCUACAUUUGGACUAGCAAAGAGGUUGAGGAUAUUCUUGGAGACUCUGCCAGUUUAUUUAAGAGCCAUUAUUAUAUUAAGUCGUCCGGAAAUUGUGACCUUUCGAGAAUGAGCGACCCUCAUAAUGAAUUUAAAGGACAAAAUGUGCUUAUAGAAAAGAAAGAGGUUCCUUCAAUGGCAGUGAAGUCUGGAUUGUCAGUUGAUGAAUAUUCUCAUGUUCUAGGAUCAUGUCGACAAAGAUUAUUUGAUGUGCGGUCAAAGCGACCUAGACCGCAUUUGGAUGAUAAGGUAAUAGUUUCAUGGAAUGGACUAGCAAUUUCUGCUUUUGCAAGAGCGUCAAAAAUUCUCAAGGCAGAAGCAAAAGAAUCAAAGUUAUAUUUCCCUGUUGUGGGGUGUGAUCCUAGCGAUUACCUGGAUGUUGCAGAGAAGGCAGCAUCUUUCAUCAAGAGUAAACUUUAUGAUACCCACACCCAUAGGUUGCAGCAUAGUUUCCGAAAUGGGCCAUCAACUGCACCUGGUUUUUUGGAUGAUCAUGCGUUUUUAAUAUCUGGUCUCUUAGAUCUUUAUGAAUAUGGUGGCAAGACAGAAUGGCUUUCCUGGGCCAUUGAACUGCAAGCUGCCCAGGAUGAAUUGUUUCUUGACAAAGAAGGGGGAGGCUACUUCAACACCCCUGGGGAAGACCCUUCUGUUCUACUCCGGGUGAAAGAGGAUUAUGAUGGCGCGGAGCCAUCAGGAAACUCAGUUUCGGCAAUUAACCUUAUUAGAUUGUCGUCUUUGGUUUCUAGUGAAAGAUCAGACAACUAUAAACGUACUGCAGAGCAUCUUUUGGCUGUAUUUGAGAAAAGGCUGAAGGAACAGAUCAUUGCGGUUCCACUGAUGUGUUGCGCGGCAGAUAUGCUCUCUGAACCAUGCAGGAAGCAGGUGGUUUUGGCCGGGGACAAAUCUUCUUCAGAGUUCGAUGCCAUGGUUGCUGCUGUCCAUGCAUUUUAUGAUCCUAACAGAAUGGUCAUUUUGAUAGACCCCAGCGACAAAGAUGAGAUGGAAUUCUGGGAUAAUAACAAUGCGAAUCUCGGCUUAAUAGCAAAGAACAGCUCAAAAGAUAAGAAAGCCACAGCUCACGUGUGCCAAGACUUCAUUUGCAGCGCGCCGGUGACCGAUCUUGAUGCUCUCCGUUUGUUACUUAGCAAGAAAACCGGCUCUACGUCAUCCUCUUGAGUUCUUCAUCCAGGUUUGUGUAUAGUAAAUUUAAUGUACAUUCAAAGAGGCCUAUAUCUGUUUAUUUUCUCAAAACACUUGUUCGAUGUCUUAUAAAAAAUAAAUUAAAGCCGACGAUCGCGGCAUUAUAUAAAGAUCAUUACUCUAUAGGCACUGAAUCUUUCCGGAAAUUGUUCAUCACAAGUAAUCUUUAGAAUGAACUGCUGAGGAAUGGUUUGCAAUUGGUUUGGUUUUUGAAUAUGUGGUACCUAAUUUGUUGUAGUGUUGGUUGGUGUUGUGUUUGAUUCCAAGUUUCCGUGUACCAAUAAUUAAUAAGAGUGUUGGUUGGUUUA